AUGGCGUCUUUCGUGUUGAGCAUUGCUCCACCGACCCCAUCUGGGCGCGUUCUGGGCCCCAACUCCACGAUCGAGCUCAAGGUGCUUGGGGUAAUCCUCGCCGGAAUCGCAUAUGGGAUCGUCACCACCCUUUUCGUCGAAACUACUCAGCUGAUGCUGAAGAAGUACACCUACUCAAAGCUCAGGCAGCGAAUUUUCAUCUUCCACGUCGUCCUCCGCAACUUCGCAAUUCCAAUGGCAGCCGUCGAAUCCAGCCACGGCUCCACCGCCAUUCGAGCACCUCCACUCACGCAAUCCGACGCCGUGACUAGCCUGCUCUCGCUCGGUCUCCAGGCCUCAGAAGCGGCCCCCAUUCCUAUUCCCACCCAAAGCAACGAAUUGGCCGCGAGCGCCAAUUCCCAGCAACAAGCUUCGCUGAGCACAGCGGGUCCAGGGAGCCUCGAUGCCCGCCUGGCUGGCCCCAACCCGGGCUCGAGCGUAGGAGCUUCUUCGGCGGGAAAGCACCACCGUCGCCUCAGCUCGAUUGGCAAGACCAGGAGGAGGCUUAGUGAUGCAAGGGAAGCUUCGGUCAGACCACUACUCGUAUCUUCUUCGCCUGCAUCCUCGGCUGCGCUCUCACUCUCCGCGCUUUCCAUCUCCACCUCGCCCGGGCAUACUCUAACACAGAAGACUAUCGCGCCUCGCCCUACCAAUACCCCAUCUGGUAUAUCCAUCGCAGCGCUCAAUGGCUCGGGGCCUGCGCCCGUGCAUGUUGGGCUGAGGUCAAGAACUGAGGCUGAGAAAGAUACCAAGCCAAAGGCCGACGAGAGGGACAGAGAGAAGGAGGGCUCGACGCCCAUCCCGAUUAUUGGCGCGAAUGGCAAGCCGAAGAAGAGAGGGAUCGAUUAUAAGUGCGAGAGCUGCGCCAAGGUGUAUCGCCAUCCGAACUGCUUGAACAAGCAUCGUUGGGAACAUACCCGCCAUUGGCGCGAGGCGUCCAAGUUCGUGUUGAGUAAACACCAGCAGGUGCAACUCCUCGAGGCGGCUACCAUUCUCUCGUUUAUGGGCAAAUGCUCCACCUCCUUACCCGAAGACCGCUCCGAAUGGCCCUCGUUCCUCUCUGGGGGUUCAUUACCCAUGGCUGACGGCAGUGACAUGCACACGCCAGCCCCUCCAACGCCUAUCCCAGCCCCUGCAGCUGUCCCACCACCCAGGAGCACGACGAUGACUUACCCCCUGCACCCCAUCUCCGCGUCCGUGCCCUCUGGCCCCCGGUUGCACGAUUACUCCCUUCCCUCGAGCGGUAGUGGUGGGAAGGCCACGAUCACGCAGCUCCGCCCUGGGUUGGUGGGCGUACCCACCGUCCCCGUACCUCUCAUUCCAACUCCCACCCCCACCUCCGCCUUUGAUGCGCCUGUCUCGGCGUUGUCGGGCGGAUUGGGCGGGUGGUCCCUCCCCUCGUCGUCCGUGCGCUCGGAGAGCUCGUCCUCCCGAUCGAGGUCGGGCAGCCGUUCAGGCUCGUCGGAUGUGGAGAUUGACGUGGAUGUUGAGGGGCUGGAUGACCCGAAUGGUCUGAGGGCCCCCGGAUCCCAUUCGUAUGGCGCCUACCCGGCGUAUGGGAGUUACGGCACCCCGUCUGGUGGGUUCACGUAUCCCACAGCGGCAAGCCGGAGCCCGUAUGGUGCGUAUCCCCAGUCGUAUGGGCGCAGGGGCGUGAUGAAGCGUGAAGAGGAUGAGAUGAGUGUUGGCUUCAGUGUUAGGGAAGAGGACGAAGAUGAGGAGGAGAUGGAGGAUGAGGAGGUUCGUACCAAGCGCCAUGAGCACCAAAGGAAGUGGGAUGGGAUGGAGAUGGAUUUCGAUAUGGAUAUGGAUUGA